GUAGCGUUCUAAACCCGCGACGAAGACUUCAACAAAAAUAAAGAUUUCAUCAAAACCAAACCACGAGACGAGAGACAUAGCUGAGAGAGUGAGAAUUGUUUCUUCGUCGUUCUUUUUCCAUCAGUCAUCCAUCCAUCCACUGUGAAUUUUGUAAUUGGGUGUAUGUGUGUGUACACAGAACGAAGCUUUAUGUGUGUGCGUGAGACUAUUGAAAAAGCAAGAAGAAGAACGCAAAAAUAACCAAAAUUAAGGUUAACACAAAAUACAUUGCAGUCCGCUAAAAGAUUUUGGGUGCAAAACUUUGAGGAGGAUAAAAGUAUAAAAUUUUUAAUUAAAAAAAGGAGAAGUGAAUAAAAAGUAGAGAAAAGCUCACAAAAUAAAAUCAAUUUUCACACACAAUUAUGGAUUCUGCUGGGAAUAAUCGUUAUGAACUUUUGUUCAUGGACGAAGAUAUUAGUGAUCCAUUAGAUAAUAUUGUUGCCAAGAAGAAAAAGCAGGUUAAGACUGCUGCUGCUACGGCAACAACGGCGGGCGGCCCUGCUGGAGCGGCCACAACUGGUGGUGCUGCUGGUGGCAACAAGACAACGAACAAAGGCCAGGCCACCAAUCCCAAUGCGAAGAAAUCGACCAACCAAGCUGAAAAGGAGAACAAACCCAUGAACAGGAACGACAACAAAAAGCCAGGCAGUGGUGGAGUCGCAGCUCCAGGUGGUGGUGGUAAACAAGGUGGGGCUGGUGCUGCUGCUGUCAAUGCUGGUGGCGCUGGCGCCAAUCGCAAACGCAAUAAUGGUGAGGCUGUGGUGUCAGCACGUGAAGGUGGUCAAGGGCAACAACAACGCAAUGUCAACUUUAGACAACAAAAUGGAGAAACACGUGAACAACGCAAUAACCGUCGCAAUGUACGCCAAGGUGGUGAGAACAAUAAUGCUACUGCUGCUGGAACUGGCGGCGAAGGUGGCCAACAAUUCAAUAAUCGUGGUGAUCGUCCCCCACGCGAUCGUGCCCCACGCAAUCGCAAUUUUGAAGGAGGCAAUCGUAAGCGGGAAUUUGAUCGUCAAUCUGGCUCGGACAGAACUGGUGUUAAAGCUGUUGACAAACGUGAUGGCGCUGGCGCUCACAACUGGGGAUCCGUUAAGGAGACCAUCGAAGAUGUCAACAAGAGUAAUUCCGAGGAAAAUGGUAACACUUCUGCUGCCGAAAAGGGUGAUGAAUCUGGCAAUGAACAGGCUGCUGAACAAACUCCCGCUGAAGAGGAAGUUAAGGAAUUGACAUUGGACGAAUGGAAGGCCCAACAGCAACAGCGCGCUAAGCCACAAUUCAAUAUACGCAAAGCUGGUGAAGGCGAGGACACUACCAAAUGGAAGAAAAUGGUUGUUUUGAAUAAUACCAAGGUUGCCGGUAAAAAGGGCGGCAAUGAAAGCGAAGAUGAACUUGAAUAUGACCCUGCCAUGUAUCCCCAACGCGUUGGCAGGCAACAACGCGUCUUGGACAUUCAAUUUAAUUUCAAUGAUGGCCGUCGUUUGGGUGGUUUUGGAGGACGCGGCCGUGGAGGUCGUGGUGGUCCACGUAACAACAAUGCUGCUGGUACUGGACGUGGUGGUGGUGGUGGCGGCGGUGGUGCUGGUGGUGAUGCUCCUGCCGUUGGUGCCGAUGGCAAUGCCGCAGGUGGUGGCCGACCCCGUUUUGAGGGUGGCAAUCGCAGUGGAAAUGCCGGCGGCAAUCGCGGUGGUGCUGGAGGCAAACGUCAAUUUGGUGGUGACAAACAAAAUGCUGCUCCCAAAGUAAAUGACGAACGCCAGUUCCCCACAUUGGCCUAGAUUUUCUCCCGCCUCACGUCGUCUCAAAUAAAAUGAAAAACCAACAAAUACAGAAAGAGGGAACAACAACAACCUUCUCCUCCUUAAAAAUUAGAACCCCCCCUCAAAACCAGUGAGUGAGUAGGAAGAAGAAUGCUACAACAUCAAUUUAAAGCAACAGCCGCAAUCGCAGCAGCAGCAGCACUACUAACCUCCUCCUCCUCCUACCACCCACUACUCCAAUAAAUUAAGAAGAAUUCACAUGCCGUCGCAGGGAAGAAUUAUUAUUUGUAAAAGUAUAAUUGAACAGAAGAUGAAGAAAAAGAAGAUGAAAUGAAUUUUGAUUUAAGAUGAUCAUAAAAAGAAGAGAAGAAGAAGAAUAGCGCUAGAAGUAACGUUUUUUUUUAUUAUUUUCAAGCCAAAAUAAACAAGUCAUUUAAAAUUAGUGUAAACCACACUCCAGAAAUACACAACAAAACACUACUCUCCCAAUUACACAAAAAAAAUUUUGAAUUCAACUCCUUGUCAUCCAUUAAAUCCCCUCCAAACCCCAUUGUCUCCUUAACUCCCUUUCUACUCCCACAAUUCUUGAUUUCUUUAAUGAAAAUUCUAAAAAUAUAAGCCAAGUCAAGCAAUAAUGAUAAUGAUGGUGUAAUUCCCUCUCCUAUUAUAAUUGUCCGACAUUUUCUUCGUUCGUUUUUUUUAUAUAUAAUAUAUAAUUUUUUUUAUUAUUUUUAAGACUUUUUGUUUAUUUGUUGUUACUGAGAGAAUUUUGGAAAACAGUAUUGGGUUAUAUUAUAGAGGGGUAUUUCGAAACUGGGCCACAUUGGAUCCUCGUAAUACACACACACACACAUAUAAAAGAAAAGAAAAACAAAACAUUCAAAUUUGUUUGGGAGCCAUAUAAAAAAUAUGCACAGAAUUCGAUGCAUAGAAUUUAUAAUGUGGGAGCAUAACAAUGAUUUUUCUUGCGGAGGGGAUUGUAAUAAUUUUUUUUGUAAUAAUUUGGAGAGAUGUAGGUGUUUAACAAUUGAAAUUCUUUUUUUUUAACCAAUAAAGACUGUUUCAAAGAUCAGAUGGAUCUUUAUAAAUAAAA